GCGUUGUGAUCGAAACGUCGUGAUUGUUUUUUUUAUAUAUAAUUUUAUUGUAUUUCUACAUACGUGACUUUUACCGAAAAAAACAAUGAGUAAUCCGCACUUAACGCCACGAUUCACGCGCCCCAUCCGCCGUACGUUCUUUCACUAUUAACCGUCAACUCAACUUAUCGAUACCCAAUCCCAGCACCACGUUACUGCACGGUAACCUCGCCGUGAUGUUUCUGGUGAUUAAUGAACUCAAGCACUGGCACGCAGCGAACAUUCAUGCGCCAGAUGGCAGCCCAAGCGUUUAGCGUCCCUGACUGGCUAUAAUCUAUUUCACGUGCACUCAAUACAUAAAUAAUCCACAGAUAUCGUUUACAAAUAUGACUAUUUUUUUCAUAUAUAUGAUAAACAACUAUUAAAUACAUUAAGAAUAAUGGACCAGGUGAUCUAUGAUGGAAAAUAAUAGGCUUUUUUUACCCUUUCUGGCACUAAAACAGGCAGUUGUGUUGAGAUGUUCUCAAACACCAAAUAGAAACACGCUUUUUACAAGGCAUCAAGUACUGCAUUAAGCACACAAGUACGGUACUUGUGGCAAAACAUACAAACAAACCCGCUCUGAUGAAGGUAUUCUGAUGAAGGUAUUUUGAUGUUUUGCUGUUUUUAACAUCUGAACACAACUCCUGUUUUCUUGACGGAAAAUGGUAAACCCUAUUUUUAUUUUUUUAUUUAAAGCUUUCGUGACUGCAGGGAUUUAUAUUCUUGGUUCUUUUGGUAAAAAUGUUUUAUUUUUAUUAUUUUAUUGUUUCCCUUCUACGUGACUUUACCUAUUUUUUAUUUUUCAUAAUUUUUGACUACUGGCAAAAAAGGGUCCCAUAGAUAAGGUGAUAUAUGUUAAUAUAUCAAGAACACCCACUUACUUUUCACACGGAUGGUUGUACAGUCUAGAUGCGCAAUGGUCCCAUCUCUAGUAGAAGUACUACUACUAGUAACACUACUAGUAGGAAGUUCUGUACCACAUUACGAUUCACUAUCCCAUUUCUAGUUGUAGUAACUACUACUAGUAGUUCUACUACUAGAAGUAGGUAUUACUACUAGCAGUCGAGUAGGUAAUACCUACACUACUGCUAGCAAUAGUAGGUAUUACUACUGCUAGUAGUAGGUAAUACCUACUACUACUAGUAGUAGUUCUUCUAGUAGUAAGUAUUACUACUUACUGCUAGUAGUAAUACCUACUGCUAGUAGGUAAUACCUACACUACUGCUAGCAAUAGUAGGUAUUACUACUGCUAGUAGUAGUAGGUAAUACCUACUACUACUAGUAGUAGUUCUUCUAGUAGUAAGUAUUACUUCUUACUGCUAGUAGUAAUACCUACUGCUAGUAGGUAAUAUCUACUACUCCUGCUACUUACUACUAGUAGUACAACUCCUAGGUCUACGACUUUGAUAUCCAAUCUUGGCUCACUCUCCCACUCUCUACCCACAUACCUGCCCCCCCCACUGACCUCCCUCCACUGACCUCCCUCCCUCACCAGCCCCCACUCACCCCCCACUUACCCCCUUUAUAUCCCAUUGCUGGCCUGGUCCCUCUGAUCACCAAUCGACUGCCGCUGUGAAGCAGCGAGAGACCUCCCUGUGCCUUCAUUAGCACCGCAGCAGCGAUCGUCACGCAGCCGUUGAGCAUCCGUAGAGCGACAGUAGAUCAGUAGAGCAGCAGUAGAACAGCAGUAGAGCAGGCUGCUGCUGCUACAUUGUCACCGACACAGCCCCCAAUUCACUCGCUACAUUCACAGUGAACACGCAGACAAGUCUUCACAAAUGUACGUACUUUAAGAAGAAGACAAAAACAUUUUCAGAGAUUUUGUUUAUUUUCUAUUCUGUAGCCGCUGCCCAGUUAAUGGCCGAGUCGCAUUGUUGGUCCUAAAACAAAACAAUCAGCGUCUCGAAAGUUCAGUUGGGUGGGAGUACAGAUUGGUUGUUGUUAGAGAGACAGAGACAGGGAGGGAGAUAGAUAGCCAGAGAGAGAGAGACAGAGGGACAGGGAGACAGACAGGCGGAGAGAUAGACUGAGAGGGACAAGGAGACAGAUAAAGAGAGAUACAGGGAGAGAAAGAUAGAAAGAGUCAGAGAGAGAGGAGAGAUAUGAUGGCUGCGCUGAUGAGCGUGGCUGUGGCGGUCUCCGCUCUCACACUCUGCAUGGCCAUUCAGGCUGCGCGUGCCCAGGAUGUCUGCAGCAGCCUGAACAUCAGCGGGAACGCGUCAAAUGCGAGCACGAACCUCACCUACUCCAUCACCACAUCCGCCUUCAACUUCACCCGCAAUUCGAGAAUCGACGUCACUAUCGAGGGGACGUUCGAGAACUUCCUGCUGCAGACGAGGGACGUGAGCUCCAUGCUCCCAGUGGGCACCUUCGAGAAGCUUCCGGCGAACACCACGUUCCCCGCCAACUGCACCACCAACACCACAGUGACGAAGGGCGAUGCUGCCGGUAACCUCACGAACGCGACCUUCACCUGGGUCGCUCCACCCGCAUCAUCCGCGUCCUCCAUGGUCUUUGUUGCGACCAUUGUCCAGUCGAAAGGAGUGUGGGUUGGGAAUGUGAUAUCGGCUCAAGUCAUGACUGCAGGAUACAACCAAACGGCCAUCACCGCCGUUACCACCAGUCCAACGAGUACCGCCAGCACCGCCGGCACUGCCGGCACCACGGGCACCACGAUUACCACCAGUACCGCCAGCAGCACCAGUACCGCCAGCAGCACCAGUACCGCCAGCAGCACUAGCACCGCCAGCACCGCCAGCACCGACAGUACCGCAGACACUACGACUACCACGAUUACCGCCAGUACCGCCAGUACCGCGAGCACCGCCAGCAGCGAAAGCACCAAAAGUGCUGCGAGUUCUGCCAGCACGGCCAGCACCGCCAGCACCGCCAGCAUCGCGAGUACCACGGGUGCCACGACUACCACCAGCACCUCGAGUAUCGCCAACACCACCAUCACCGCCAGCAGCAGUGCCGGCACUGCGACGGCGAAGGGCGCGGCGAUGGCGAGCCGCUCGCUGGCUCCCGUGCCGUGGUGCUCCCUCCUGCUCACGCUGCUCUUCGCUCGGGCGCUGGCGGUCGUCGCUACCUCUGGGUGAUCAACGAGAAAACCGGAAACAUCUCUCUUCUCUCUCUCUCUCUGUGAGCCUCCCGCCUCCUCCCUCCACAUCCUCUUCCUCCUCCUUCCUCCUCCAUUCACCUCCAUCCUCAUCCUC